UACCUGGGCAUCGACCUCAGCACGCAGUCCUGCACGGCGAUCGUCGUCGACGCCGCGCUCGACGUCGCGCACCGCGCCUCCGUGAACUUCGACGCGAGCUUCCCCGCCUACGGCACGUCCAACGGCAUGCACGCGACCGACGACGGCGUCGCGACGAGCCCCGUGGCCAUGUGGCUCGACGGCCUCGACGCGGUCCUCGAGCUCAUCCCCGCGAGCCUGCGGCAGCAGGUCGACGGCGUCUCCUUCAGCGGCCAGCAGCACGGGUCCGUCUACUGGUCCGCCGCCGCCGCGGCGCGGCUCGCGGGCGGCGCGGCGCCGCGCGACGAGCGGCCGCCCGCGGACCGCUACACGAAGCGCGCGAGGGGGCGCCCAAUCCCCGCGGGCCUCCCGGGCGGCUUCCGGGAGGCGCUCGCCCCCGAGGCCUUCGCCGUCGCCGACGCGCCGAUCUGGGCCGACGCGAGCACCCAGGACCAGUGCGACGCGCUCGAGGCCGCCCUGGGCGGGCCGGCGGCCGUCGCCGCCGCGACGGGGUCGCGGGCCUACGCGCGGUUCACGGGCCACCAGAUGGCGGCGCUGGCGGCCCGCGACCCCGGCGCCUGGCGGCGGACGGCCCGCGUGAGCCUCGUGUCGUCCUUCGGGCCGUCGCUGCUCCGCGGCGCCUACGUCGCCGUCGACGCGUCCGACUCGUGCGGCACGAACGUCGGCGCCGUCGCGUCGCGCGCGUGGGACGCGGGCGCCGCGGAGGCCUUCGGGGCCAUGGCCGGCGUCGGCGGCGGCGCGGCGUUCCUCGAGCGCCUCGGCGGGGCGCCCGUCGCGCCCGGCCACGCGGCCGGCGCCGUGGCCCCCUGGGUCGCGCGGCGCUUCGGCUUCCGGUCGUCGGGCGCGAGCCUCGGAAAGCCGCCGCCGACGGUCUACGCGGGCGCGGGCGACAACCCCUGCACGGCCGCGGGCCUGGGGCUGUCCGAGCCCGGCGACGUGGCCCUGAGCCUCGGCACGUCGGACACGUUCAUGGCCGUGUCGACGGACUGCGACCCGCGCGAGGAGGGCCACGUCUUCGCGUCGUGCACGACGGCGGGCGAGUACCUCGCGCUCCUCUGCUACUGCAACGGCGCGAAGCAGCGGGCAGGGCAGGACAAGAGAGCGAAAUUCCCAACUUCAAAGGCUCCGAUCUCGGCCACCGACUUCCUGGGGCCGGCGGCGACGUGGGCCGACUUCGACGCGGCGCUGGGCCGGUCGCCGCCGGGCAACGGGGGCGUCCUGGGCCUCGAGCUCGCGCUCCCCGAGAUCACGCCCGUGCUGCCGACGCCCGGCCGCCACUUCGUCGACGGAGCCGGCGGCCGCGUCAACCUCGGCGACGGCGCGCCGCGGCCGGAGGCGCUGGCGGCCCGCGCCGUCGUCGAGGGCAGGUUCCUGUCCAUGCGCGGCCGCGGCGCGCGGCUCGGCGUCAAAACGGCCGGCGGCCGCGUGCUCGCGGCCGGCGGCGCGUCGCGGAGCGCGGCGAUCACGCAGAUCGCCGCCGACGUCUUCGGCUGCGACGUGCUCGCCGCCGACGAGCCCGACGCCGCGGCGCUGGGGGCCGCGUUCCGCGCGGCGCAC